AUGUCUAAGACUGAGGAUCCGACAUCCUUGCGGAGAGGUUCUGCUAUUUCGGAAAUGUUCCAGAACACCUACCAAGAGCUCUCCCCAAGCAAGGACAAGAAAACCAAAACCCGACGUUAUGGACACUCCGAAACUAACCCGUGUCCAGGUUCGUCAGAUGAUUUGUGGGAUGUGUGCUAUGUAUAUCAUGGUGCGUCGAGAUGAUGGGACGCGAAUUCUGAUGUUGCGUAUACUGUACACUUCAAACACUUAAUCUAUGAGGUUCUAUGUUGAUUAGCUUUACUCAGCCCGUAACCUUGGGAUGAAGACGCACACUGCUCGCAAGGCCACCAAAAUGGCAGGAGCAACGAAACAACCAGAAGAAAACCAAAGUGUGUGGUCAGCAUUCCAUCUAAAUCCUGACGGCAUGUACGAAUCUGCAUUAUCUAAGCAUAAAUUGCCUUUCCGAAGGAUUGUCACAGCUCAUUUGCAUUGGACUCGGUUAACCGGCUGA